AACCCCGGCACCCCGAAGUGCCCCCGGUACCCCGAACUUCCACACCCCGACCCUGCCAGCACCCUGGUACCCCAACUGCAUCACUCAGCCCAGCCCGGCACUCGCCGCCGCAGUCGGCGACACCCCCGAGUCCCCUCCCAAAUCCUCUCAGACCCCUUGAGCACCCCCAGACCUUCCGCACCCCACGGCCCCCCAUAACCCAACCCCCUGAGUCCCAGGCAUGUACCCCGCGUCCCACGCAAGACUUCUCCUCCCUCUCGUGCCCCCUCGCAGUCUCCAGACUCCUCAGACCCCUCAGACCCCCGUCACCCCCGUUCUCCCGGGUCCCCCCCGGGUCCCCCCCGCCCCUCCCGUCGCCCCGCGUUGCUCUGCUGCCCUCUGGCGGCGUUCCGCAGCACCACGCGCACGCAGAGCCCUCUCUGAUUGGUGGUUGCUGCUGCCAAUCAACAGCGCGCUCUCUCGCUAUUGGCCAGUGCUGGGAACACCCUCCCCUAAACACGGCGGGUCCGGUGGCGGCCGCUCCCGGCGGGUCCCCCGGUCACUAACGAGGUCGGGGGAUCUCGGGAUCCCGGGUCUCUCCCUUUGGGCCGUGAUAAAGGGUCAGCACAAGGCCGAGCUUGAGCUGCCCGCCGCGACUUGAGACGUGCGGGGCACUCUAGGAGUUGUAGUCCCUCCGUUGCGCGGCCCCGCCCCGAACCCGGAAGUGCGCGAGGCCACAGGCGGAGGCGGCUCUAAGAUGGCGUCGCCUCCUCAGGGGGGCCCGAUGGCCAUCGCCAUGCGGCUGCGGAACCAGCUCCAGGCCGUCUACAAGAUGGACCCGCUGCGGAACGAGGAGGAGGUGAAGGUGAAAAUGAAGGAGCUGAAUGAGCACAUCGUGUGUUUCCUGUGCGCCGGGUAUUUCAUCGAUGCCACCACCAUCACCGAGUGCCUGCACACCUUCUGCAAGAGCUGCAUCGUCAAGUACCUGCAGACCAGCAAGUACUGCCCCAUGUGCAACACCAAGAUCCACGAGACACAGCCACUGCUCAACCUCAAACUGGACAGGGUCAUGCAGGACAUCGUCUACAAGCUGGUGCCCGGCCUGCAGCACAGUGAGGAGAAGCGGAUCCGGGAGUUCUACCAGUCCCGUGGCCUGGACCGGGUGACGCAGCCCAGCGGUGACGACACGGUGGGGGGUGACCCCAUGGGGCUCCCCUACAGCACCUUUGAUCACUCGCGCGCCCACUACUUCCGCUAUGACGAGCACGUCUCGCUCUGCCUGGAGAAGCUGAGCUCCAGCAAGGACAAGAGCAAGGCUGUGCUGCAGCAGAAAUACGUGCGGUGCUCGGUGCGGGCGCAGAUCCGACACCUGCGGAGGGUCCUGUGCCACCGGCUGGGGCUGUCCCUGCAGCACGUGCAGAUCCUGUUUGACAACGAGCCCCUCCCUGACCACAUGACAAUGAAGCAGCUCUGGCUCUCACGCUGGUUCGGCAAGCCUGCACCCCUCCUGCUGCACUACAGCAUCAAGGACAAGAGGAGGUAGGGGUGGGGGGUGGGUGCUGCUCCCCCAUUGCAGCCCUGCUCCCGCCCCCCCCCACCCCCCAUAAUUUAUACCCCACUUCGAAUUUAUUUUUGGAAUAAAAUUGUGGAAAAGC